AUGAAGGAGGCAGAGUCGCCAUCCCGGGAGGUAGACUCUGCAAAGAAACAAUAUAAUGUGCAGAUCUCUCAAUUAACAGAAGAACUUUUAGCUCUUCAUAUGGAAUGCGGUGAAAAGCAGGGUCAAAUAGAGCGAGCCAUUAGAGAAAAGCGAGCAGUGGAAGAAGAGCUUGAAAAGAUUUGCAGAGAAUACGGAGGACAUGAAUCUGACAACAGAAAACUAGAGCAACUGCAUCAGAAAUAUCUACUUGCAGAGACUACCAAAUGCGACCUUCAGCUGAGUCUGCAGACAACACAACAUAAACUGAAACUGCUGGAAAUGAACUUUGAGGAAGAGAAAUCUAAUUACCAGAAGAAUAUCUGUAACUUGCAAAGCAUUCUGGAUUCAGAAAGAGAAAAGAGCGGCUCCAUCGGUGAGCAAAGGUUAAAGCUUCAGCAAGAGAAUGAACAACUGCAAAAAGAAAUUGAAAGCUUGAAAAAAGCGUCCUCAGAGGCACAGCAAAAAGCCAAAAUAAAGAUAAGCAGUAUGGAGCACGAGCAUGCUGUGAGAGAACGUGGAUACGAAGUUCGUCUUAAGGAAAUGGAAGACAUCAGUCAGAAGUCGGCUGCUGAGCUUAGACGUCUGUUGACAGCUCAGCAAAAAGCAACAAAUAGAUGGAAAGAGGAAACAAAAGUGCUUACUGAAACUACAGAAGCUAGGAUCAGUAAGUUAAAGAGUGAUCUGAGUCAACAAAAACUUUGUAAUCAGGAACUUAUUGCUCAGCUGGAACUGGCAAACAAUAAAGUAAUUGAGGAUGAAAAAUUAAUGACGGAAUAUCAGAAACAUAUCAAUAGGCUUCAGAUGAGACUGAGCCAGGCAGAACAGAGGGCAGCUACAGCAUCACAAAAGCUCACCACAUUAACUACAUGGAAGAGAAAGGCUACUUCUCUGAAGGAACUAGAAAAUUUUUAAGAUGAAACAUCAAUAAUAUUCACACCACAGCGGAGGUAACAAAGAAGGCUGGCUGAAGAUCCAUACUGUCUCUGUUUCCGUGGCGGAGACCAGAAGAAUGCAAACUGAUACAGAUGGUGUUGUCAUCGGUGUUGGUGGAGAUCUACAGCUUGAGAAAGGACAACUCAAGAAAGACGAAGCCAAGCUUCAGGCAGACUUAAAUGAUGAAGGCCUGGGAAAAUCACCUGGUGAAGGAUCUGUGUUCACAGCAAGAGGUUACAGUCUGAGUUGCACUUAUGUGUUUCAUGCUGUCACACCUCGAUGGUCAGAGGGAAGUGAAUCUGCAGUGAAGGUAGAGGAGUUUUUAUUUACUUAAACUCUUAAUUUGAAUGGGCUUUACGGAAGAUUUGACGCAACUUCUUUGAAAUGAGGGAGGCUGUCGUAGGAGAUGAGCGAGUUUGGGCUAUUUUUUUAGCUGUGUUGCUCGCACCUUGUUGACUGUUGUGUUCUUUCUGAUGCGUGUGAGAUGAUGCUAAGAGAUAGUACUUUCCCUUUUUGCUGAAUUGCACCUUCUGGAAAAAGUAACUUUCAGUAGUGGAAAAAAUAGUUGUGCUUUACAGGUCGUGGGCAGACUCGCCGCAAAAUGCCUGCAGACUGCUGAGGAACUAUCUUUAAAGUCCACUGCUUUCCUAGGGAUUGGAACAGGGAUCUUAGGGUUCCCAUGUUCCGUCGUUGCUAACUGGCUGUUUGGCAAGGUAUAUGAAUUCGUUAGUAAAAAGAAAACCAGUUCUCUUCGGGAGGUUCACUUUCUGUUGCAUCCAAAAGACGUAAAAAUGUCCAGGUGAGUCACCAUGCUUUUCUCUCUCAAUUACCUGCUAUUCUGUUUGGGCCUAUCUCGUGGUAUAUGGCUAUGUGUUGUUCUCCAGAGAACCUGCAGGCUGCUUGUUAUCAUAUAAAGCGUAGAGCCGUUUGCUGGCAGACUCUUUUGCACGUGGCUUGUCCUGUGCAGCCCCGCUUGUUUCCUGUCCUUUUCUAUUCCCUGGCAAUAAUGCAGAUGAAAGCGUAAUUAAUGUUUUAUCUUGUGAACUUGCUUGAUUCUUCCAUACGUAAGGCUCAUCUACGGAUGGACUUGCUGCAACUUCUGCAUAGAUGUCUUCACUCUUGGAAAAGGAAUACUCUCCAUGGGUUUAGAUGAAGUCUGUGAAGAAUAAUUACGUUAGGAUUGCAUGCGGGUAAAAUUGCCCAGUGCAAAACAGAUCGGUGUUCUGCAUCCCGCUUUUUUUCAGUGUCACUUUAGAAGGGGUUUCUGUGCUUUCACUGAACUUAUUACAAAGGUUGACUGUAGUUUCCUUUUCUAGGCGUUUUCAAAUGAAUGUGAGAGACGGUGCAGCAGUGAUGUAGACGAGGCUAGCGAAGGCACAGCUAAGUUUAUUUUCUAGAGGCUACGUUCAUGGUGGUGUAGGGUUUUCUAUUAUUAUUGGUAUUCGUAGUAUUACUGGCUAGUAAAUUUUCCAGGUAGCGUAUUCAUGAUAGAUACUUAGAUACGUGGUGAACAUGCUGUUCCCAAAGUCCAAGUGGAUGUUGUAAAGGCAGUCCGUAGUAUGUAUGAGCAUAACAUCUGAAACAGUGCUGGAGAUACCAAGGAAAAAACAUUCUUGUGAUUCAUUAUCUGGAUGUAGCAUCCACGCGGUAAGGAAGCAGAAGGCAGAAGCGAGGUUCUUUUCUUUUCCUGAUGUAGUCUUCCCUUAUCUCCCAGGAAGAACCGGUCAGUUCCCGCUUAUGUGUCUUAACGGGGCCUCUUUGCAAUGCUCUCAGAGCUACAUUCAGAUCAACAGCAAAACCACCCUGAAAUGUCAUCAGUGCUGUCCAGUUGAGUGGGACUGCAGAGUGUGGAAAAUGAGUAUUUGUUGAAAACUCGAUCAAGUUUUUAGAAAUAAUGCGUAGACAAAAAGUUGCUGUCACGCAGUUGAGAACGUGCCCCAAAACUCCCUUCGAGACAGGAGCAAAGGAGCGAGAUUUGCAAAGUGUGCUGCUGUCGUAUCUCCGUGCUUCAUGAAGGCUGAUACAGAUAAGCGUUGCCAAGAAAUGUCUCUAUAGCAGGAGUGUGGUAAAAUGUGUUUGUUUUUUCCUACUAUGUCAGCAUAAAUAGCAAUGAUGGGAGCAAGAGAAGGUUGGUCUGAGACCCCCAUGAGAAGGAAUGAUUUUCAGUUACUGAUGCGAGCAGUGUUCUCACAGGUAGAGCCUAGGGACGAACUGCGGUCUCAGCAGGCGUUGUACCCACGAAUGCUCCUCUGCUCAGUGUCUGUAUUUCUGUCCUACAGUUUUCUUUGGUUGCAUUUCAAGCCCAGCACAGGACGUAUAUGAGAUGACAAUCGGCUCCAUCAAGUUCCAGGUGGCCACUCAUGAUAUUACCAAGGAAACUGGAGACGUCAUUGUAAACAUAUCAAACAAAACUGUCAACCUCCAGACAGCCUUGCAGCCUAAUGAUGGCUAUAUAACCACCAAAGGAGGAAGCUUGCCAUGCCAAAAAUAAUCCAUUUUGUCGCCCAAGAUGACAUGAAAGUGCCAGUCUCCAAAGUGCUUCAGGAAUGUGAAUUACAGCAGUACGCCUCUGUUAGCUCCCCAGCGGUUGGAGCAGGUCAGGCAGGCUGUUUUCCGGACAUAGUCACUGCUGAGAUGAUGGAUGCAGAAACUGACUGCAAGGAGGAACUCUACUCCAUCUGUGAAAACUAUUAAAUCUGUCAUUUUUCAGUCGUGUCUGCUGAACGUGUUCCAUACAAGCUUGAAAAAAAGAGAAAAUCUUGGUAAAA